AUGGAGGAAGGGCUGCUGCAGCGGCGGCCGGCGUCGGAAGGGAAGGAGCAUGAGAGGAGGAGAUUAUUCGCCGGCUCGCAGUUGGUGGAGGAAGCGGGGAGGCUGGGGUGGCUGGCGGCGCCCAUGGUUGCCGUGUCACUGUCGCUGUUCAUGCUGAUGGUUAUGUCGAUGAUGAUGGUAGGCCAUCUCGGGGAGCUCGCCCUCUCUGGCACCGCCAUCGCCACCUCCUUCACCAGCGUCACCGGCAUCAGCCUUCUCGUAAGUCCCCCUCCGAUCAUCCUUCCUCAUCUCCCACGCCGUCUUCCCCCUCUCCGAUCGAUCGAUCGAUCGAUCUCCUUCUUCCUGGUGGUCCCCUUCUCCCCCGAUUUCUCCCCACGAGUCAGGAAGAACGGCCGGCCCUGUAGAAUAUUCAACAGUCCCCAUCCAUCGAAUCUGCUUCAAGUUACUCCAAUUUUUUUCGAUCUGGUAAUGAAUGAGCAGAUGUGCAUAGUGAUGAUGAAGCACGUUGACUCUGGAUCAAUCCCCAAGAGUCAAUCAUAUGAACUUGAUUUGAAUGCAUCCAUUCAUGAACUGAUCGAUCGGUGGCUGAAUUUUUUUCUGGAUGAACAGAUGGGCAUGGCGAGCGGCCUGGACACGCUGUGCGGGCAGGCCUUUGGAGCAGAACAGUACCAGAAGCUGGGGACACACACCCAUACUGCGAUCUUCACUCUCUUCCUUGUCUGCCUCCCCGUCUCCCUCCUCUGGGCUUCAGUGGACAGGAUCCUCUGUUUCCUCGGCCAGGACCCACAAAUCUCCCAAGAAGCAGGAAGAUACGCUGCCUGGAUGAUCCCCGCGUUGUUCGCCUUCGCCGUCAGCCAGCCGCUGAUGAGGUUCCUCCAGGCUCAGAGCCUGAUUCUUCCCAUGCUGAUGGCCGCCUUCUUCACCUUGUGCCUUCACGCUCCUCUGUGCUGGGCGCUGGUCUUCAAAUCCUGCCUGGGCAAUGCCGGAGCUGCUCUGGCCAUCGGCAUAUCAAUGUGGGUCAACGCCCUGAUCCUCGGGCUGUACGUCUACUAUUCGUCAUCUUGCAAGGCGACUCGUGCACCGUUGACCAGAGAAGCUUUUUGGAACGUCAGGGAGUUUCUCCGCCUUGCUCUCCCAUCUGCCCUGAUGAUAUGGUGCUUACCUCCUAAUCCAUUCCAUUAUUCAUCUCCAUUCACGAAUUUAUGUUGAUGAUGAUGAUGAUGACGACGACCGUGAUUUUGACUUGGCGCUCUCCAGCCUCGAGUGGUGGUCGUUCGAGCUGCUCAUUCUGAUGUCCGGGCUUCUACCCAAUCCACAGCUGGAGACAUCUGUGCUGUCCAUAUGGUGCUUCUCUUCUUUUUGACUUUUUUUUUUUUUCAUCUCUGCUCCAGCGAAAUGAUCCAUAAGAAGACCUCGAAGUAAGUAAUUUAUCUAAUUUGUUCUCUCUCUUCUGAAACAGCCUCAGUACCAUAUCAACACUUUACGCCAUCCCCUAUGGGAUUGGUGCUGCCGUGAGGUAAAUGGUCAACGGGCCUGCUUCUUGUGUUCUUGUUGAACAUUCAUCCAUCGAUCUUUGCAUCUAUUUACCCAUUUAUUUACUUGUUUGUUAUGCUUUGAUUCAGCACAAGGGUGUCGAAUGAAUUGGGAGCAGGAAACCCAGCAGGCGCACAGGCGUCAGUCUUUGUGGCGAUCCUCGUCACCGCCACGGAGGGCGCCACAGUGAGCCUGGCUCUCUUCUCCAUGCGAAGAUCUUGGGGCUACGCCUACAGCAAUGUGGAGGAGGUUGUACACUACGCAGUGAAGAUGGCGCCUCUGGUCUGCGCCUCAAUCAUCACCGACGCCCUCCAGGGGGUUAUCUCAGGUUGGCGCCGCCACCGCCACAAAAAACUUUCUACACGCAAGAAAUAUUCGUCCCAUCUCAUUCUGAAAGAAAGUCAACGGGUUUAACAUUAAUGGGGAAAGAAAGCAGGCAAGCACUUUCAGCGCCUGAUCUCUCACUGAAAAUUACUCGUCUGUGUCUGGCGGCAUUGCAGGAGUGGCCCGGGGAUGUGGGUGGCAGCACCUUGGUGCCGCUGUGAACCUCGCGUCUUUCUACCUGUUUGGCAUUCCGGUUGCUUUGGUGCUCGGCUUCCGACUGCACCUGCAAGGGAGGGGCCUCUGGACGGGGAUCCUCUGCGGGUCGACCUUGCAGACCGUGCUCCUUUCCCUCCUCACUGGGUUCAUCAACUGGGAGCACCAGGUCAGUCCCCCUCCCCCCAAAAGUCAACGCCAUGGGAGGAGAAGUUGACCUGGAUUGUGGGGUGCGCUUGGGAUGGAUCGAUCAAGAUCCUGGUUGUAUUAUAAUUCUUUGGAUUGAUUUUGUUCUUUGUUCUUGCAGGCGAACAAGGCGAGGAAGCGGGUAUUUGGGGGGAGCGGUGAGGUGGCUGACUUUUGA